AGCACACUCCACUCGAUCAAUCAGACAGUUUUGCUCAGCUUUGCAGGUGGUCAGCAGUGAUUGGAGUUGGAUUUGGGCUUUGGAUUUCUCGGACUUCUCGGAUUUCGGAUUGGACAGGAUCAGGAUCAGGAUCAGGAUGAGGAUGCGAGGAGUGCUGGUGCUCCUGCUGUUGGUGGCUUGGAGCCAAGUGGAGGCGGCCACCCAUGUCAACAUUUCGAUUGCCCAGCAACCGGCCACAAAUCCCGCGGAUGUCAAGUACUUGGAGGGCAGUGCUCCGGCGGAACUGAGGGCAGGUCCUCAGCGGAGCGAUGGAGAUCAGGAUCAGCAGUUUCAGCGCAUCCAAUCCUCAUCGCAAUCCCAGCAACAGCAACAACAACAGAUGGUUCAAACCCAACAGCAGCAGCAGCAACCACAACAGUUGUCCCCUCGCCAGGGAUUGGGAUUACAGCCACCAACUCACACUGUGCAGGGUCAACCACCGAUGUCCAAGAAUGGACGAGUGCCCCGAAGGAGGAACCAAAGCAGACGCCCCUCGAUCCACCAGCAGCCACCAGUGAGCCACAGUGGCCAGUUCCGGCAGAGGAAUCAGCAGCUCCGCCAGAACCAGGAGUUCGAGCGGUACAUCCAGUCCUACCACAGCCAUGGACCCACUGUGGAGACGGUCUACGAGUCAUCGAAUCCCACCCCCCAGCGUUACACCCAAACCAGGGCCGGAGUAACAUCCUCCAUGGACGAUGCUGCCCCCCAGAAAUUGGUUACCAUUGAAGGUGGUCAUCGGUCCCAGCAGCUGAGGAUGUUCGAGCGCCAGGUGGCCGCUCCCGUUGCCAAUCAGGGUCAAAGUGCAAAUGUGGAGGUGGCACCAGCGGACAGCAAGCCCAUCUAUGAGCCAGCUCAGCAGGGGCCCAUUCAAACGCCCUCUGUGAGUGCCAGUUCGUCAUCGUCGGCGGGAGGAGCCAGUGCCUCCUCAUCCUCAUCCUCAGCCUCCUCUUCAUCGAGUGCUCCUGCUCCGGCUGCUCCUUCAUCAGAUUCCUCCUCUGGCUAUGAUUCCUCCUCUUCCGGAUUCAAUCCAGCCACCAGUUACAAUCGCCCAAGCUACGAUCCCAGUGGCUUCAACUACGAGGAUGCACCAGAGGUGGACUACCAGGAUCAGUAUCCCCCCGAGUUGGUGGACGAUGGUCAGGGCUAUGAGGACUAUGGCGGCGUCUCGGGCUACCUGCCACCUGCGCCUCCUUCCAGGGGCUACAGCCCACCACAACGACCGCUGGUGACCAAAACCAUUCAAAUAGUUCAGCCUGCCCUGAAGGCCAAGAAGUACGAGGUGCGUCAUCCGGCCAUUCAAAAGGAGUUCUAUGACAUUGAGGAGCGGGUGGUGAUCAAGCCGGCUGGCACUUUGGUGGUGGAACUGGAGCAUCCGGUGGCUAAGAUUCCCAAGGGGGAAACCUUACUGCCCCUGGGACAUCCUCAUCCCGCCGUGGCCUCUGCCUACAGUAAUGGCAAUAAUGGUCAGACUUAUGGCCACAACGGGGAGUACAGACCUUCGUAUGAGCCAGCUUCAGCUGGCAAGGAUCAGCAGACCACCACCAUAGGCUCUAGUGUCACGACAAUGCCCUCCUAUGACCAGGCACCCAAGGACGAAUAUGUGGAGUCGCGACUGCACCAGCAGCAGCAGCAGCAGCCUUUGGGCGAUGUCACCGAUGGUCAGCAGAAGAACUCCCCUCCCUCUUUUGUCACAGGAGUAGAUGCCCAGGGUAACGCCAUCAAGAUCAACUCCAAGCACCUCUCACCCAAUAUGGUGCAGAGGGCAGAGCAGCCGGAGCAGCAGGAUUACCCACGAUCCGGAGGUCAAAGGGUGGUCUAUCAGCCGAGGACCAACUACAAUCGCCAGCCUUACAACCAAGAGGAUGAUGACUACUUCUCUGGGGAGUAUCUGCCCAAUGUAAAUGCUGGCAAGGUGGAAAACAAGCCAGCUAGAUUGGAAUUGGCCGAAGUGGAGGAUCGGGAGGAGGCGGAGGAGCGACCCACUCAGAUCAUCAAGCAUGAGCACAAGAUUCACUUGCCACCCUCGCAGCAUAAUAUCUACUUGGGCAGCAGUCGAACCCAGGUGCCCCUCAAGGAAAGGAGAAUCCAGGAGGUGCCUGCCCAGGUCUCGGAAAUUAAACCCUAUCUGAAGAACCAUAUGGGACCCACUGUAGUUUAUGCCAAGAGUCAGCCUCCUAGGAGCUUCUACCACAAACCAUCCAGGCAGCGAAUUGCCGAGGAACUGGACUACAGUGCGCCCUAUUCCCAGAUGAGAUUCAGUCCGGAUGGGCCAGCCUCCCGCUUAAGGCAGUCCCAUCAAAUGGGUUACAAAUCUGAGAGAUUAAUGGAGGCACCACCUAAAAAUCAGGAAAAGGAGGAGCCCAAGAAGGAGCAGAAUACGCACAUACAAAUCCAGAUAGCCAAUGACCAGGUGGCCAGCACUAUAACGCCAGAUUGCGAUAGAGCAACGCAACAGAAGUCCCAGCGUUUGGUAGAGGCACCAGCCAAUUCCGAGGUGUCCGCCACACAGGCCACUCCCUCAGCCCAGGCCAAGUCCCAGCCAGACGUGGAUGUGUCCCAGAAUGGAGCCGCUGGCCACUUGAAACCCAAUGAGCGGGUCAUUGCGGCCACUGCUGCGCCCACAGAUGCCUCCGCCACCAGCGAGACCUUCCACAAGCGGCGCAUCGUCAUCAAUCAUCCAUUCCAAACGGUGCGCGAGGUGGUGGAGCACGAACCCUUCACCAACUACCACCAGAUCCAGGUGAAUGAGCCCGCUCCUCCCUCGCACUAUCAUCAGGCGUACUAUCAACCGGCGGCGCCACAAACCCACGGCAGUUUGGUCCACUUUCAGACUUCGUCCACCCAUGGCAACCUAUUUACUCCAUAUGGAUAAGUUGGGAUUAUGGGAAUCUCCGAAGUCUCCGAACUACGAACGCACCCGGCCAAUGCAUUUCCUCUGUUAAUUGUUAUCUUAGUUUUAGCAUAGAUAUCCCCUAAGAUAGAACCCAAAACCGGUGGAAGGGCCCUUUCCAUGAACACCCUGAUCUGCCUUCGCAUUAAUUCGCUUUAAUCACAUAGACUUAACUGCAGUUUUACUUGCCAACAAUAAAGUGCAUACAAAAUGCUAA